AACAAACCCUCCCCUGUUUCUUGUCACAAUGGUAGAAGGUUGCAGAGAGAGGAUUCUACGUCAGAAGAGAAGAAAAGAAUAAGUCUUUUCAGCCACGAUGAUUAGGAAUCACAUAAACAGAUUUGGGUCGCUAUAUCACAACUUCCCCAUUGUCAAGAGGACUUAUCAGGUUGUGGUGGCUGCAACUAAAGAAAUGGGUAUUGGAAAAAAUGGUAAACUUCCAUGGAAUUUGCCUUCAGACCUUCGAUUUUUCAAGGAAAUUACUGUAACUGCGUCUUCUGAGAAGAUGAACGCAGUUGUGAUGGGAAGGAAAACUUGGGAGAGUAUUCCUACUAAGUACAGACCUCUACCUGGUCGCUUGAAUGUUGUUCUAACCACCCGGGGUGGAUCGUAUGAUAUUGUCACUUCUGAGGAUGUUGUUAAGUGUGGAAGCUUGCCUACUGCUUUGAACUUUUUGGCUGAAAGUUCUAUCUCUUCGAAGAUAGAGCGAGUGUUUGUUAUUGGAGGUGGCGAGGUACUGAGGGAAGCAUUGAAUGCGCCAGAAUGUGAAGCUAUUCAUAUGACGAAAAUUGAAUCCAAUAUCGAGUGUGACACUUUUAUUCCUCCUGUGGAUUUAUCUGCAUUUCAGCCAUGGUAUUCAUCUUCAACCUUGGUGGAGAACGACAUUUCUUUCAGGUUCGUGACUUAUGUUCGUAUGAAUAGGUCUAUUAUUGGAAAUUCAGAUGAAGAGGAUCUUACCUUCUUGCCCCAGAUGAUUCUCGAGAGAAAAAUAAUGAGUAUGGGCAUCUGAAAGUUGGUUAUGGCUCCCCAAAAGUAUGAUUCUGAGCUCCAUUUUCAUUACCCUGACUGAGGAGCAGACAAAUAUUUGAGAACAAGACUCGUCGAGAAGAAUGAUAUUGAACUCCAUCUUCAUCACCUGACUGAAGUGCGAUCAGGUAACCAUGUGUCUUUAGUUGCAUGUAUCAUUGAAAAAUUUAGAGCUGAAUUGAGAAUUGUGUGACGUUUGGAUGUUGUGGCUUCUUAAAUAUCCACGCCACUUGUUUUUGUUUUAUAUUAUCGAGAAGAAAAAAAUCUCACUAGCUUACUUAUGCCCUGAUGAAGUGGUUUAUUGGAGGAACCUAUGGAUCUAUUGAUCAAACUGAGAUUAUCCACUAGCCUGGCAAAUCUAUGUAUUCUCAAACAUGGGCAGUUCAGAACAAACAUCUAAACCAAGAUUUCAUACUAUUUCCAAUGUAAGACAAAGCCUUCAAUCCUAUGAAACAUUAAUCUUAAUAUGAGGUUCCUUUCU